AUGCCUCUCCUAAGGAGAUCCACUCGCACCAGAAAGCCCCCCGGCCCACGCCUAAAGCCAAGACCCCUGCCAAAACUCCCGUCAGAGGAACUACCCGAAGAAUGGCCUCCAAAAGAAUUAAAACUUCCAAAACUCCAACCCAAGCCCUCAGCACUACCAUGCUUCUCCUUCACGCGCAGCUCAAGCACAAGCAGCUCAUCCACCAUCUCCGCCCCAAGCAGUCCACCUCCCUCCAUGCGUACCUAUGGCAGCAAUGUGGAGCGCGGUCUCGUGCAUGAAUUCUCACUGAGUGCGAUCAGACCUGCAUGCGAUCCCGAACCUGAUUGGGUCGAGCUGCAGAUGGCGAGGUUGAAGAAGGAGAGACGGCGGAAUGUGAAGAUGUUACCAGCCAUUAUUUUGGUGCUAGAGGAGUGGAUUAAGAGGAAUAGAGGGAGAAAGGAGAAAGACAGUUUGAUUGGACUUGCGUGGGUGAUGAGGGAGAGGAUUAGGAAGGAGGCGAGGAGGAUAGAAGCUAAGAGGAGGAGGUUGGAGAGUUUGUGA